AGAAUAGAAUGGUUCAAAAUACAAAUAGUUCCACGCAAAUACAUCAUGAUACAACUUCAAUUACUACACAAAAGAUUCAAUUACCUGACAUACCAACGAAUUCUCAUAAUUUAUUAUUGGGUUUGUCUGCUCUUACAUUUUUCACAAGUUUAACUGGUUCAGCUUUAUAUGCUCGUCGUAAAGCAUCUGAAUAUUUAAGAGAUUCAACAACAUUAUCUCCAACAACAACAUCAUCAUCUCAAUUGAAUUCGGCAUUUCGAUUUUCUUUACAGGCUUUCGCUGUUGGAUCGAUUCUUUGUGUAUCUGCUAGUGGGUUAAUUGCUUUUGGCGUUGGUAAAAUGCUUGGAGUACGGAACCUAUACGAGUUUCAUAAAAAAAUGGAAGAACUUAUUCCAACACAUACAUCAGGAUUACGUAAAUCUGUAAGAAACUCACAGGAUAUAGAUCAGCAACAAGAAUGGAAAAUUUUCGAACAAGAAUGGAUAGAGGAGAGAAAUAAAUAUCUUGCAGAGAGAGAAGAAAAAAAGGCAAAAUGGAAAAAUAAAAAAUGGUGGAGAGAUUAAAAGUUAUUUAUCGUCUCAAUCUUACGAAGAAAGCAUUUUUACACUCUAAACUUCCAUCAGGUAAGUAUUUAUCAUAAAAAUUUACGAUAAAUUCUUCUGGCUUGAAACCAAACUUUUGAUAAAGAAUCUACAAUAAAAAAAUUAAAUUUAAGUACAAU